GUGACGUCGAUAGGAUGUAAGAUGUAAAUGGAAUGUGCCGCGGACACAAUUGCCACCCCCCAGGAAGCAGCGCCGGUAUCAACAUUCCGAACCAGUGUGACGCCGUACGUGAUGCCCGGCACCACGUACAAUCGUGGAUACCGCUAAGAGUCUCGUUUUCGACGAAAAAUCGAAGUUCGGAUAAUCUUAUCUGUUAGAACAUUUCCCAUAAUGCGAUAUGAUCUCGGAAGAAGAACACAUUGAUGAAUUGCUCAAAGUUCUUCAGAGGGUGGAGAAUGCUCGGGGCUGGGAGCUGUGGAGAAUCAUGAGGCUGAAGGCUGAUCUACAGUACCUGAGAAGAAGGGGGCUGCUCAAGGCGUCCGGCGGCAGCGGCGGCGGCGGCGGCGGCGAACUAUCGCAUCAAGGACGCAAAUGCGCACGAUGCGGCGCGUCGUUUGGUAGAUUUUACAACACCGGCGCGACUUGCGCGCGCUGCAGACACCGCGUGUGCCGGCAGUGUCGCAUCGAGAUCAGGAACCACGCAGGAGGUGACAAAGAAGUCGAGUGGAUCUGCAACGUUUGCUACAAGAUCGCAGAAUUACACGUCGUUACCGGCAAAUGGAUGUACGAAAGUCCGAUUUCCAGCGGACCCGUCAGCGAGAAAACAGCGCAGAUCCCGGUGGACAUACUGAAUCGCAGCAUCCGACGAGCUUGGACGAUUAAUGGUCCUCCAACACGUUGGUUGGCUGCGCGAAAGUCCCCGGAAUUGCGAAUAUAUCGCAGCCUGCCGUCUCGCCAUCAGGAUUAUCGAGAUCCGUUGGAGGAGCUGAACUUCGACAGAGCGCUAUCGAAGCCUGAGAAUGCGCGGGACGGCAGUUUGGACGUGAAGGACUGCGCCGAGGAUGCCGGUGACAACUGCAGAGAUGUGAUCGAAGCGAUCGAGACAAGCGCAUCGAUUAACGAACGAACGAAGCGAGAGAAGCCAACCGUUAAAUCGGAGGACGAAGUGCCAUCACUGGAUACUACGAAACUUAAUAAGAGGAGCGAGCGCUCGGGUAAAGAGCAGGAGGAUCCCGUGCAGGAGCAGAGCACGCCGAGGAUAUCGCUUAUAAAACCGCCGAGGAUCCUCGCGAAGUUCAUAUCACCCGAGACGAAACCGAGUCCGACGAAGCAUGGCGAGAGGAAAUCGAAUAUUCCGAUUUUUAAAAGGAGCUCCAAGGAAUUCGAGGAUAUCCGGAGCCCACAAGAGUCACCCAAGCGAUCGCUCAUUCCUCAAAGAUACAGAGGAAGCACUGAUGAUCUGCGUCGCAGUCGCGAGGACAUAAGCGUGCCGAGCUUGAUUCCGAAGCUGCUAUCCCCCCGCAGCAAGGAGGAGCGAUUGAAGCGGCAAGACAGCAAAGACGACAUCCGUCACUUAUCGAGAUCCGCGCGAAAGGACUUUAGGGAAGAGGGCAAGUCGCCUGUCAUUUCACCAACGUCAGCCAGCAAGGACGAAUUCUGCAAGUCGGGAAUACGGAUCUUUCGUCGUGACAACAGUCGCGAGGACGUGGGCAGGGACGGCGCGAAUUCGAUCAAGGAAUCCGCGAAAGGAAAGCAACAGGAGAAGCAAGAAAGAGCGGAGGUUGUGGGCGGUGCGGCGAGAUUGAAAGCCACCGGCGAACAGAGCAGGACGAGGUGCGAAGACGGCAAGGACAACGCCAACGACGCCGAAGGAUCGUCGUCGAGGAGAGAGGAGGCGAUCGCCUCGAACGAGCCGGACUCAACAGUACUGGACGCGCGACCGGACGAGAAGGCCGAUGCGGAACACCAGGACGCGAGGAUGAUCGACGUGAUCAUCGCGGAGAACAGGACGCAGGACGAGCGGAUGCGGAAGCAGGACACGAUGGUCUUGGGCAACGAGGCGAUAGACGAGAAGCAUUUGCUGGCGACCCGAGAACCGAUCGAAACCGUCGCGGUGAACGACGAGGGGCAGGACAACGAUGAGGAGGAGACGCGGGACACCGCCGAACAGUUGUUGGAUGCCGGCAGCGACGGUGACGUCACUGGAAUCGCCGGUGAAAGAAAGGGCUCGCUGGAGAUCGGUUAUGGAAAGAGGCCGGACGAAUUCCAAGUGGUACGGCGAAAGUUCUCCAAAGAAGAAUUCUCGAAUCCGGACGACACCGACGACACUCCGAAUAAGCGUUGUUCAAGCCAUCUAUCGCCGGAAGCCAGUCCACUGAGCACAAGAUCGUCGAGAUACAGUCCUCGGGAGAGCGAGAGCGAACCCACUCCUGCAUUACCACGUAAAACCGGAGGAGACUCCUGUUCCGCCUCCCAGAGGAUACGCGACGCUAUUACGAGGACCAGAAGAGAGUCCAACAGUAGCACUAGAUAUGAGAGUAGCGGCAGCGAGGGCGUCAGAUUAAGCGAGACCGGUUUGCACGGAUACGCGGAACUGGCUAGAAAAGUAAAGUUCUUCGGAGGAAACGGCAGUGGCGCGGUUUCGUCGAUGAUCGGUGGCGACGAAGUUGUGCAACGCGACAGUGCAACCAGCGCAGGCGAGGAUGAAAUCAACGAGGAUGGCCACGACAGAGCAGGUCCAAUUCCUUCGCAAGGAAGGACGAUGCUGCGACGAAGGAGGCAGUUCGACGCUCAAGGUUCACGGCGACGUGGAAGAUCGCACGCGAGAUCUUGCUGCGGCGGCGAGGAUCUGCAGAGCCUGCAGACGUUGAACCUGAUUGGACGCGGGGGUGGAAGCAGUCGGCAGCGCAGUCCUAAUCCCGCGACAGGUGGCCCAGGUCAGGAUCAGCCAGCGUCCGUGGUGGACUACAGGCGGCUGGUGUUCAUCAGCUCGGACUCAUCGUCGGGUCGCGAGGAGGACGAUGCCGAUAGCAGUUGCUCAAGCUCGUCCUACCUGAACGGACUGCCGCGCAACGGCGGUCACCAUCACCAUCACGCGCAGUCGCUCGAGGACUGCGACUGGGACUACUUCGAAAGCGGCUCCCUGCCGUUGCCAACGACGCCGAUUAUCACCGUCGGCGCCGGUGUCAACGUCACCGGCACGGCGGACAUCAUCGGUCAGGACGUUUGGAGUUGCUGCCCGGGACGCGGUUCCGCUGCCUGCCAGGCCUGCGGCGGUUCCCGAAGCGCGAACGUGCUUCCGGUGCCGGUACCUAUACCGGUUCCAGUCCCGUAUCCGGUGCCAGUACCGGCCGCCCUGUGGACCGGUGAUUUUGCAGCGGCUGCGUCAUCCAUGAUAAGUCGCAGCGACGGUCACGCCGAGCCGGGAACACUGAGGUUACGAGGUGACCCAGCGGCACCUUGGUUUGCGUGGCAUCCUCGAUUCAACCAACCGCUUCAUGGCGCGCGUCUGGACCCCCGACUCGCCGGCGCCUUCGAUCCAGCCACCUGCACCUUCCACCCGCCUGAUCAAGUGUUAACCCCGAGACUGUACGGUUCAAUAACUGAGACGAUAACAACCUCGAAUCUCGAGCCUUCUCAAAUAGGUCAAGAUGUGAGAGACGAAGUAAAUAUCGCGCCGAAAACUGAGGAACUCAGAAAGGAGGAGAAUUUGUCGGCGAAGGACGUCAGCGAAUCUGAUUCCUCCAUUACAAAAAAUAGAAAGAAAUCAGAAGAAACGAAGAAUAUCGAAGCGGAAUGCAAGAAAGGUGAAAAAGAGACGAAAGAAAGCGAAGGAGCAACUUGUGAAGAUUCGUUAUCGUCAUCCUUCGAAAGUAGUGCGCAAGGAAUGUAUCAGCACAGUCGAGAGGAUUCGGGCAGCUCGUCCGGGAGAUCUUCGGCGGACAGCAGCGAUCUGGAAGACGAUUCCGGCUCACACAGAUUCUGCAAGGUGUUUGUAGUGAACGAUGACUCGCUCACCAGCGACAACGACGUCGAGGACAAUGAAGAGGAUGAUUCGGAUUCCGCGGCGGAAGGCGGCGUGACCUUGAAACGCGUCACUGCAAUUCCUGAAGAAGAACCGGUGGUGUUGCAACACGUGAGGCUAUUGAACGAAGAUGGUCUCACGGAGAAUGAACGGGGAACAAACGAGAACGAACUGGAAGAAUCUAAAAGGCGUAUCAAGGCUUACAUCGUCGGCAAUGAUCAGCCUAAAAGCGAUGAUAAAUUAUUGGAUAAACCUGCCGCUAAUUUGAUUGAUAAACGAAGAAGUCGCAAUAAGAAGACCGGAAGUGACGAUGAUAAACGACUUCCUCUUCUACUACAACGUCGAUCGAUCCCCGAAGAGUUAUAUCUUGCAGAUGAUAAUGAUAGUUCCGAUAAUCGAAUUGAAUUGAAAUCUAUUAGGAUGCUCGAUCCCGAUAGUAUUGAUCUGCCUGCAGCUGUCUUGAAAAUAAACGAAAUACCUGUUUCGAAAAUACAAAUCUCCAAAGCUGUUAAUACGAAAAAGAUUUUACAGGAUGGUCUGAUCGAAAAUCCAAAAUCACCUUCUAGCGACGCCUGGGAUCCGACGAUUGUACCGGAUUCUCUCGAAAUACCUGGAGUAUCUUCCGAAAUUUCAGCUCCCGAAGAAGAAAGUGACGUCAAUAAUCGAGACAAACUUGACGUUUCCGAUAGCGAGCAGAUCGCGCGAUCGGUCAUAACGAACGAUUGCGAGAAGCAAGAAGAUAAGCGGUGUUUAUCGGAGGCGGAUCGUUCGAACAUUGACGUCAGUGCCGAUGCGUCUACUGACAGUUGCACCAGCAACGAGAGCAACACCACAGGCAGUGAGGUGAGCAGCGACGAGCUUCACGAGUACGAGGUAACUCCGAUCGAGUCAUCCUUCGAUUACAGCAACGAGGUCGCGGCGAUCAACGACGAAUUACUGUACCAAAUCGGCAAGAGAAAAACGGAAGAUAUUUCAAAAGACAUCAAGGAGAACGGUUAUCAUCUUGAUGGUAAUCGUGAUGACAAAACAAGUCCGACGAUGACGAAGAGUGGCGCCAAGCGGAGCGUGCAGUUUGAGAGAUCGAUCAGCGGGCGGUCUUCGAUAGAGUCGAUGAUCAGCGCGAAGGACGGCAACGACGACGACGAAGACGAAGACGACGAUGAGGGCUAUCGCUCCGUUACGUGUCGUCGCGGCGGUCAAGAUGACGACCCGACGGCGGUAGCGGCGGGUGAGGAGCGGGUACAAGCCGACGUGGGCGACGCGAUAUCAACCAGCAGGAUCCAGGAGAUGAUGAGGAGCGCGGAGGAGCAAGACGGCGGCGACGGCAGCAAGGUGGACAUUGCGCAUGACGGCCCGGUGAGAGGCGAGAUUGCCGCUCAGGUGGGAGGAAAUGGUGAUGGUAACGGUGUUAGUGGUAGUGGUGAAUGCUCCGAGGAGGGGGACGCGACACGGUUUCGCUCAGUCGAGCGACGCCCGUGCACUCGGCAGGAGAAUGGGUUCCCAGCUGACGACCAAGCGUCGGGCAAGGACCUCGCCAGAGACUCAGUCCAGCAUAACAGCAGUAACAAUACCAGCGGCAACAAUAAAUAUAGAAGCCUCGUGAUGAUUACUCAGGAAGCGUCAUACCAGCCAGUGAGCGUUGUCACGUCAGACACCACGACGCUGUUACAACCGGAUGAAAUUCAUUCGGCUGGAAGCCAGGGAGGUCUGGCCGGCUACUUCCAGCUGGCAUUGGAGGCGGCGAGCGAACCACAGCUUCGUAAAAACGCUCCGCGUAAGCCGCUGAUGGUGAAGAGAUUGCCAGCCGCGGUUGCGGUCUCCGCCGUCACGACUGGUCAUCAAUCAGCCGAGCCUGAAGUGGAUAGUGGAUUGAGUGUCGGUAGCGCUAGUGAAAGCGACGACGUGUCCGUGAAGAACGUGCCGAAGCCGCUCAAUUGUCGACAGGAGAAUGCGGAUGACGUGCAGUCGAAGGAUCGUGCGGUGUCGGAUUAUCGUGAAGAUGCGCAACUACGUGCUUCGUCGCAGUCUAGUGACGAUAAUUCGGGUACUGGUGGCAUUAUUAUACUUGAGGAAGGUCUGGCCGAUGAUGAUUCCUGGGUGGAAGAAGUGUCGCACGAUGAAGACGAGCCAGGAGCGACCACUGCCACGGAAGAAAGCUCCGAAGAUGAAGCUAAUAACUUUGGCGAUCGUGAAGAAGAACUCAGAGGCUAUCGCAGACAGGCGAUCGACUUUACCUUGCAUACGAUUGUCGAGGAAUCCUGUGAGGAGAGUGAAACGGAGCCGAGUCUGGCUACGGGAAGUCCCUCGAAAAAACCGAGACCACCUUCCGCUUCAGAAUUGGAAAAAUAUUUCUUUUUUGGAUUGGGAGGCGAUGGAAAUAGCUCCAGUAUGGGCUCGCGCGAGGUCGACAGCUUGUCGGAAACCUCGUCGAUUUAUUCCGAGGGAUUGGAGUCGCUCGGCCAGGACGAAGCUAACGGCAGUGGUCAAAACCAGGACAGGUCGAAUAACAGUGAUGGCUUCCUAAAUUCUUCCAGACUGGAAAAAUAUUAUCUAUCAGAAUUCCUCGGUUUCGAUCAAGAUAGAAGAGAUUCUGAUGGUUCAGUGGGAAGUGAUUCUGAAGGCAGACCCAGUCCAGAAGCGCAAAGAAGGAAGAAACUAGUGCGUGCGAGAGGUACAGGCAGAUCUCAUAGUUCUUCUCUGGAUAAUUUAUUGGCUCUCACACAGAGCUCGCAGAAUCUGAGCUCGCAAAAUUCUCUUCAAGAUCUGAGCCUUAAUCAGGACGCGCAAGAGACUCAAUCUGAAGGUUCUUCAACGGAGACUGAUGGUACUGAAGAUGGCCAGACCGCUGCAUUUGGCACGGACGGUCAAUUCGAUACGGUAAAACGCAAAAAGAAAAAGCCGCGAAAUUUGGGAACUCAAAGUCCACGUGUGCCAGAUGAUCGAAACAAGACGCCGGAACCCAACAGAGAAAUGACGCUAAUGAGCGAAGUCGUGAUAGAAAAUGAGAACGAAGCAAUGAACUCUGAAGAUUCGGAUAGAGCGAAGACUCCGCAGCCGGAGUCUGUUCUGUCUUCGUCUUCCUCGCCGUCCACUCUUACAAAUAAUAGUAACACAUUGAACGCGGCCUCGUCCUCGCAAAUAGAUUCAAGAAACUUGGUUUCGGUAAAUUCAAGUGACGGUCAACGGUCAAAGCAACAAUCGCGAGACUCGGGCUUCGUUGGCAGCUGUGACGAUCUUCUUCAGCAUCAGAAAUUGCCGGACGAAAGUCAAAUAAGCGGCACGGAGGUCGAUCAAGAAACCAGCAAAGAUCGCUCACUCAGUAAGAUUACGGAGCAUUCUCCAGACGCGAGCCAGAGCGCUACUAAGGAAGGAGCGGUCGGCAAAAACAACUUGACGAAGCCGGUGAAUCAUACGAGUCUGCCGCACCUGGCGAAUGCUUCGCUAUCACGCAAAGAUAGCUUUAAUAAUUGGUCCAGCGAUGAGGAGACGAAUCUCAUGAUGUCGAAGAUGCGACAGUUUUUCAAGACGAUGGUGGCUAACUCAAACGGUCAAGGAUCAGGUCAGGGACAGAACGCUACCAGUGCGAAUUCCGGCGGCGUCUCUCCGGCACCGAGUCCUCGGCUGCCGGGUUACACCUCGAAAGCACGACUCUGCGUCCAGAACCGCACCAAACCGCCACAACUGGUGUACUUUGAGAACGAGCUGACGCGACUGAUGAAGACGGUACCGGGAAUACGCGACGAGCAAGUGCGAGAGAUCGUCGAGUAUCUCAGCUCGGAAGACACGUGGUCGGAUUCUUACGACAGCUCGGAUUAUACCAGCUCCGAUCUCGAGGGCGCCGCCGGAGGUCGCAGAUCAGCCUUGCAAGAACAGAUCUCGCAGAGCUGUCAACAAAUCAUCAGCAAAUUCGACACCACUUCCGCUGGCGUUGACGCGACUCUAUUGGACAAGGAGAGAGAGCAGAUAAAAGGGCCAGGAUCAGGUUCCGCGAUGCAGCCUGCACCUUGUCUGGGUAGAGAUACCGCUUUCGUCUAUCAAAAACUGGUACAGAGCUUCACGAAGAUGGCCGGUGACGGUGUGAGUUCGGACGCCAACUCCACGCCGCACAGUAGCCCGCCACUAAUCGCCAAGGUGAUGCACCACAUCGGUAGCCGGCUAGUAGCGCUGAUGCACGAAGUCUCGGAGGGCGGACCAGCCGCGCAUCAUCACUCCACCACAUGGCGACGGUAUUCUCAGCAUCACCGAACCCCAUCUUCAGCGUCCACCACCGAAGACGAUGACUCAACAUCAGACUCCACUAAUGCGUCAGCACACUUGCAGCUACCAAGAUCAAAAUCUCACGACCCCCUGUUGUUGAUCAACAAUCAUCCGGCAGCCAUCCCCGGUCAGGAAGGGGAAGAGCGAGAGGCCAGUGAUUACGAGAGGUUCUCCUGGCGCGGCAGCUUUGAGUCGACUCUCAUGGCCGCCGACUCGAGGACAAAACUGAGCCUGUUAGCGUGUUCCGGUGACGUCAGUGGUGGUGGUAGUGUCAGUGCGAGUGCGAGUGCCCUGGCCGCGAAGCGGCGUAGCGCCGGCGAUUUGUUGUUCAAUCCGAAGAGCUUUUCGAGGGAGCAGCUGGAUAGGGUGAGGAGUUGCGGUUCGAUCGGUGGCGGAAGCGGCGCCGGGACCAACGGAGCCGGCGGCGGCUCCGUCGAGGAGAGAAUCUGGAGCAACAGGAGGAGAUCCUCCGUUCCCGAUGCUAACACUAGGGGAGAAUCAGGUGCAUCGGCUGGCGACGAGGAUACCGAAGACGAAUUGGAAUACGGCGGGGAAUCGCGAGCGACGACUCUACCACGUGGCAUGCAAUCCGCCAUCAGUGCGGCUACCAAUUCCCUGCCGCGACUACCCGCGCCGAGCGCACCGACCGGCCUGACGACAACGUCGUCAUCGUCAUCGUCAUCGUCGUCGUCGUCGUCGUCGUCGUCGUCGUCGUCGUCCGCGGCGGCGGCGGCGACGUCGACCUCGUCGCCGAUGCACAAGGCGCACAGCGUCUAUCACUUCCUGCCGCAGCACAGCGGCGUCAAGUCCGCACGGUAUCGACCGCCCGGCUUCGCUAGGAACAGCAACAUCGGAGUGAUCGGCAGCGGGCCCAAACGCGCCGUCAGUGCACCGGGCCUGCAAGCUUCCGGCUCGCAAUCGGCCACCGGCAAACGGGACAACUCGAGGUCGAGAAGGCAGCAGGCGAUGUCGCUCACAUCGGGAGUUAAUCUCAAAAAGAUGGCUCGAUAUUCCAAUUUCAAGGAAUCUUCUUCUCGUUCCUGGACCAUUGACAAAAUGGCGCAACGUCUUGCUUCGAAUUGGUUACUGGAGUGCUGUUGUGGUUCUUGUUACGCGAGACAAAAAGCAGCCUCGCGUUCAGGACAGAAUAACACGAACGAGAUAGAUAGGAAGAAGAACCUGGAGUCUGAAUCGCAGAAUCUACCGAUCGAUUCUGCAAAAACGAGAAAUGACGGUCGACUCACGGUGGAGCAAAUUCCUUUGACGAAACGCGAUUACGAAGUGUCGAAAAACGACGAGUUGACAUGCAGCGUCAAUGAAGCUUCAUUAACAAGUCGCGAGGAUGAUUCUUUGAUCGAUUCUCAGGAUUCGAAGAGCAAAUCUUCGUUCGGCAGCGGGACUCUGAGCAGUGGAAUGAAGCGUGUAAUCGAGAGUCUAUCAGUCCCUCCAAAGAAGGAGAAGAAAUUGCUAUCGGUUAAUGACGAAAAGAAAGCGUCGCAGAGCGACUCGGAGCUAGGAUAUUCCGCGAGUAUCUUCGACAAAUGCUCGACGCGAUACGGACAGCAGAAAGUGUCCGCGAUGAACAUUCCUGAACUGAUAAUAAACGAUGGAAGCAGUUUGUCGGAGGCAUGCAGUACGCCGAUUAUCGGAGCAGGAUCACGAGCAGGCUCUAGUCAUACGGUCCUAGACAUGGACGACAUCGAUCCGGGCCAUCUCGCCACUCGCUCGUCUCUGUCGAGUCUCGGGGCACGCUCGGACUCGAUGGCGUCGGUAUACAGCGGUGCGGGCGAGGGACGCUGCUGUCGAUCCGUGGUAGUCACAGGUGAGGUAGAAUUCGCCUUGCAGUACGACUACAAGAAUUUGACAUUCGAGGUGCACGUGACCAGGUGCAAGAACCUUGCACCCGUGGACGUGAAGCGCAAACGAUCGGAUCCAUACGUCAAGGUGUAUCUGCUGCCAGAUAAGUCGAAAAGCGGUAAAAGAAAGACGAAGGUGAAGAAGCACACGUUAAAUCCAGAGUUCAACGAAACGCUGAAGUUCCAUAUGAGCCUGAGUGGCCUGGAGACGAGAACGCUGUGGCUGACGGUCUGGCAUUCGGACAUGUUUGGUCGCAACGAUUUCCUCGGCGAGGUGCGAAUGCCGCUGGAGAACAAGAUAUUCGACGAUCCGACGCCACACUGGUAUCCCCUUCAAGAGAGGACGGAACCGUUUGACGAUCCGGUCGCAUACAAAGGCGAGGUGAUUGUUGGACUGAAGUUUGUUCCGCCGGAUCCGGCGCAGCAAGAACGCGAUCGGGAAAGCGGUGCGGAACGUGGCAAUUCUAAAGCGAAAAAGAACUGGAGCCGCGGCGCGCUCCACGUGCUCGUCAAGGAGGCCAGAAAUCUGCAGACGCGCGGCAAAAAUUCAGGCACCUGCGAUCCCUUCUGUAAAAGUUAUUUGCUUCCCGACAAAGGACGAUCCGGUAAGCAGAAGACUGGCGUCGUUCGUAGAUCAGGUGGUUCGCCAGUUUGGGGACACACGUUUAUCUACAAGGACGUUAGUUUACAAGAAUUGGCGGAACGUGGAUUAGAAUUAACAGUCUGGGACCACGAUCGAAUCGCUAGCAACGAAUUUCUUGGUGGCGUUCGGUUUAAUCUCGGCACCGGGAAACAUUACGGGAAACCGGUGGACUGGAUGGACGCGACCGGUCGCGAAUUGUCUCUCUGGCAGAACAUGCUCGAGAGACCGAAUUUCUGGGUCGAGGGCGCAGUGACGUUAAGGCCAAACUUGCACAAUCACGGGAAGAACAACGGUACUUAAAAGCAGCAAUGCGAUAACGUCGCGCCAGAUUUUGUUUCCGACAGAGGAACGGGUUCGGAAACGCCGAUUUAGUCCAAGACUUUGUACAUAGCUCUAAAAGCGUCGCGCUUACAACGGACGUGAUUUUAAAUAUUCGCGAACAAAGAAUCAGUGCCUUCGGAAGCGACGUAGACUCGUCUGAUCUUCCUGAAUAGGCAAAAUUCUCUGCGAAAUUUCUGUCAGCCGCAAAAAUCGUUUACGAGAUUUUCAUAGCCUUGUAGCCGAUGAAAAUAUGCGUCACACUAUCGGUUCCAAUUAAGCUUCAUAUCCCUGUGUAACCAGUUAUGCGCAUUAAAUUAUUUUUGGUUCCCUA